AUGCGGGGCCCGCGGGCGGCCCUGGCGCUGCUGCUGGCGGCGGCGCUCGCCCCGCGCCCGGCGCGGCCGCACCCGCAGUGCCUGGACUUCAAGCCGCCGUUCCGGCCGCCGCGGGGCCUCGCCUUCUGCCGCCGCUACGGCGAGUUCGGCUGCUGCGACCCGCGCCGCGACAGCGCCCUGCUGCAGCGCUUCUACCGCCUCAGCGCCAGCCUCGACGAGCGCACCUACGCCGCCUGCGCCGGGCACCUGCAGGAGCUGCUGUGCCAGGAGUGCUCUCCAUAUGCGGCUCACUUGUACGAUGCUGAGGACCCCUCCACCCCCGUGCGGACGAUCCCCGGGCUGUGCCAGGACUACUGCACGCAGCUGUGGCACAGCUGCCGCUCCAUCUUCCGCGCCCUCUCCGCGGACCCGGAGCUAACGGCGCUGGAAAACAACGCGGCAAAGCUCUGCCGCUACCUGUCCCUGGAGGACACCGACUACUGCUUCCCCCACCUGCUGGCCAACCAGCACCUGAACCAGAACCUGGGGCUGGUGACGGCUGACGCCGAGGGCUGCCUGCAGCUGUGCCUGCUGGAGGUGGCCAACGGGCUGCGCAACCCCGUGGCCAUGGUGCACGCCAACGACGGCACCCACCGCUUCUUCAUCGCCGAGCAGGUCGGCCUGGUGUGGGCCUACCUUCCUGAUGGAUCCAGGCUCGAAAAGCCAUUCCUGAACAUCAGCGAGGCUGUGCUCACCUCGCCUUGGGAAGGAGAUGAGAGAGGGUUUCUGUGUAUUGUCUUCCAUCCUAAAUUCAAAUUUAAUGGUAAAGUGUACGUCUACUAUUCAGUUGAAGUUCAUUAUGAAGAGAGGAUCCGAAUCAGUGAGUUCAGAAUUUCUCCUACUGACAUGAAUGCCUUGGACCAUGGUUCUGAAAGGAUAAUCCUUGAAAUAGAAGAACCUGCUUCCAACCAUAACGGAGGAGAGCUGCUCUUUGGAGAUGAUGAGUAUCUCUACAUCUUCACUGGAGAUGGAGGCAUGGCUGGGGAUCCUUUUGGCACCUUUGGAAAUGCCCAGAACAAAUCAGCCCUGCUGGGCAAAGUGCUGCGGAUCGAUGUGAACAACAACGACCGCGGGCCCCUGUACCGAAUUCCCCCCGACAACCCCUUCGUCAGCGACCCCGCGGCGCGCCCCGAGGUCUACGCCUACGGCGUGAGGAACAUGUGGCGCUGCUCCUUCGACAGGGGGGACCCUCGCACCAAGGAAGGGAAGGGGAGGCUUUUCUGUGGAGAUGUGGGGCAGAAUAAAUAUGAAGAAGUCGACAUCGUGGAGAAAGGGAAAAAUUACGGCUGGAGGGCGAGGGAAGGGUUCAGCUGUUACGAUAAGAAGCUUUGCACCAAUUCUUCCUUGGAUGAUGUGCUUCCAAUUUAUGCAUAUCCACACAAAAUGGGGAAGUCUGUUACAGGAGGCUACGUCUAUCGAGGUUGUGAGUCUCCAAACCUGAAUGGCCUAUACAUAUUUGGUGAUUUUAUGAGUGGACGCCUGAUGUCUUUGAAGGAGGACCAUGCUACUGGAGAGUGGCAGUACAGUGAAAUCUGCAUGGGGACAGGACAAACGUGCAUGUUCCCUGGGCUUAUCAAUAACUACUACCAAUACAUCAUCUCCUUUGCUGAAGAUGAAGCAGGAGAAUUGUACUUCCUAUCUACUGGUGUACCAAGUGCCACAGCUCCCAAUGGAGUGGUGUACAAAGUGGUGGACACCUCCAGGACAGCACCACCAGGAAAAUGCCGAGUUGAGCCAUCGCCAGUGAAAGUCAAAAGCAAGCGCAUCCCGUUUGUGCCAAAGGAGAAGUUUAUUAUGAAAACACCGCCACCACAUCCCCGCCUGCCGACCACCACCGAGGCUCCGUGGGGAGGCGCCCCAGCCCCGCGGACCCCAGCGCCGCCACGGACCCGACCCGGGCUGGGCAGCCCAGCAGCUCCCAGCGGCAGAGCCCCCGGGCCGGGCAAGGGCCCGGAGGAGGAGAAGGAGCAGCGCAGGAAGAAGAAGAAGAAGAAGAAGCAGGGCCCCGGCAAUGGCGCGGUGCGGCUGAUGCGGCAGGGCCGGCGCGGGCGCGGCCGGGGCAGGCUGGAGGUGUUCAUCGACGGCGAGUGGGGCACGGUGUGCGACGAUGGCUGGAGCCUGCCCGCCGCCGCCGUGGUGUGCCGCCAGCUCGGCUUCCCCCGCGCCCUGCGGGCCGCCAAGAAGGCGGAGUUCGGGGAAGGGAGCUCGCUCCGCAUCCUCCUGGAUGAUGUGCAGUGCUCCGGGCAGGAGAGGACGCUGCUGGAGUGCUCCCACGCCGGGGUGGGCACGCACAACUGCAAGCACGAGGAGGAUGCUGGCGUGGUGUGCAGCCGGGAGGAGGCGACAGACUGGUGA